AUGAAUAAUGACAAAUUAUUUUUUAAAAUUUGGAGAAAUCAAUAUUUAAGAUUUAUAAUUACUAAAUUUAGAAUAUUAUAUGAAAAGAAUAAAAAAGUGAAAUUCCUAGAUUAUAGAGAUUUUAAAAGAUAUAAAGAAAAGGAAUUCGUUUUAGAAAUUGAUUACCAAGGUAAUCAAUUAUUAAAGGAUGGUGAUUUAAGCGAGUAUCCAAUGGUUAGGAUUAUAAAUUUAAAGGAUGGAAUUUUUAAUAAUGUUUCAUCAAGUAUCUUUGAAAAUACAUUAAUUGAAAAAAUUAAAUUUCCACCAUAUAGAUAUAAUGCUCCUCCACUAUUAACCGAUAUCAAUAAAUUACCAAAUACUGUGAAUUCAAUUAAACAAUUCCCAUAUGAUUUAAAAAUACCAAUACCAAAAUCAAUUAAAAAAAUUACAAUUUCAAGUAAUUAUUAUUUUAUAAGAGAUUUCUCUUUAGUAAAUUAUUUAAAAUUUUCAGAGAAUGAAAAUAUUACCAAUUUAAAAAUAAUUCCAACGUGGAGGGCAAAUAGUGAUUCAAUUUUAAUUCAAAAUUUAUUUCCAAAGAAUCUUAAAACUUUGGAUUUAGGUAGUUAUAGUCAAAUUUUAAAUGAAAAUGUUUUACCAACUUCAUUAGAGAAAUUAGUAUUCUCAAGUGGUUAUUCAAUGACAUUUUACUCUAAUAAGCUAUUAUCAUUAAUUAAUUUAACUCAUUUAUCACUUUCACAUCAAAAUGUUUUACUUGAACCAAAUUCAAUACCACCUAAUGUCACUUUUCUUUCAAUUGCAAAUCUUGGUAACCCAGUAGUUGAUAAUUCAAUAAUACCAAGAAAUUUAAAAACUUUAAUAAUCAACCCAGCUUUUAGACCUGACUAUAAAGGUGUUUCAAUCUUAUAUGAUACAUUUCCAAAUUCAUUAACAGAGUUAAAAUGUGAAGGUUUUAAAUUAGCUUCAAUACCAAAAAUAUUUAAAAAUGAUGAUAAUUGCUUUUUUCCAAAAUCAAUUAAAUCAUUAUCAAUUGGUUCAAAUUUUAGUGAUGGUUUUAAACCUGGUUUUUUUUUUCCUUUAAAACCACCAGCAUCAUCAUCAUCAUCAUCAUUAUGUAAUAUUACAUCAAUUACAUUUGGAUAUUAUUUCAAUGAAAUUAUAUUACCAAAUAUUUUACCUAAAUCAUUAACAUUUUUAAAAUUUGGUACAAACUAUAAUCAACCUUUUUUAAAAGAUUCAAUUCCACCAGGUUGUGAAUUAAAGGAAUUAAUAUUUGGUGAUUAUUUUAAUCGAUUAGUUGAUCAUACAACAAUUCCAAUUAAAAGUUUACAAGUUUUAAGAUUUGGUUCAAAUUUUAAAGUCCCAUUAGAAUCAAUUGGUUUUAAUAAAUUUGAAUCUUUGAAAACCUUUGAAUUGGACUCUAAAAAAUAUCCAUAUCAUAUUGAUUUAAAAUCACUUGAAUUUCCAAAAUCAUUUGAAACUUUAAUUUUAAAUAGAAUUUUUAAAUUUAGUUCUAAUAUUAUUUUAAAUCAAGAUUGUAUUAAAAAUAUAAUUUAUAAAAAAUAA